CAACAAAAUGCAACAUGUCAGCUUCGGGCAGUGCACAAACAGUAAUGGGAAUGAAAAAACCUCAUUGCCAAAGGGUGAUGGCUCCUACCAGUCCAGCUCGAGGGGGUUUUGCUUUUAUCUUUUGUGUUCAGUCCUGAUGCUAUACUCAUGUGAGAUUCAGCUGAGCAAAUCGGACGCUACUGUUUCAUCUUCCAGGAAACCCCGGCAAGAAUGCAGAAAUCUUGAAGUUGCCACUGCUCCUAAACAGCGAGCUACAGUAUAUCAAGCUUAAACCUUGCUCCGAUCACUCGGGUGAGCAUGAUGUCUCUUGGUCAGCUAUCUAAAGGGGCCAGUCUAGAUGACCUACUGGAGACCUGCAUUCAGUCCUUUGAUGCAGAAGGGAACCUGUGUCGAAGCAGUCACCUGUUACAGGUAACUCUGUCAAUGCACCGCUUCAAUGUAUCAUCAACAGAGCUACUGCAGAAGCUCAUCACACUAUAUCAGAAUGCUUUAGAGCAAAACUGUGCUGCAACUUGCUUGAAGAUCUGUUACUUUAUAAGGUACUGGAUUACGGAGUUCUGGAUAAUGUUUAAAAUAGACAACAGUCUUUCAGAAACAAUGGAACAUUUUCAAGAGCUGGUGAGAAAGAAGGGUGAAGAGUCACAUUCUCAAUUUAUUGACACUUCACAAAUAAGUACACACGAAUGGUCACGGAAAAUCACUCAGAGGAUAAAACCAAACUGUAGCAAAAAACGAAAAGUUUCCCUUCUUUUUGAUCACUUGGAGCCAGAAGAGCUGGCGGAACACCUAACCUACCUCGAGUUCAAGUCCUUCCGCCGGAUAUCAUUUUCAGAUUAUCAGAAUUAUGUAUUAACUGGCUGUGUAAAAGAUAAUCCUAUGAUGGAACGCUCUGUCGCUUUGUGCAAUGGCAUCUCGCAGUGGGUCCAGCUGAUGGUUCUCAGUCGACCUACACCACAACUACGAGCUGAAGUCUUCAUCAAGUUUAUUCGUGUGGCUCAGAAACUACAGCAGCUGCAGAACUUUAAUACACUAAUGGCAGUGGUGGGAGGUUUGUGUCACAGCUCAAUCUCCAGACUCAAAGAAACAAGCGCCUGUGUCCCUCAUGAAGUGAAUAAGGUAAUGAAUGAAAUGACUGAGCUGCUUUCAUCCAGUGGAAACUACAAUAGCUAUCGACGUGUCUACAGUGAUUGCUUAGACUUCAAGAUUCCUAUUCUGGGCGUCCAUUUGAAAGAUCUUAUCUCACUACACGAAGCCUUGCCAGACUAUGUUGAAGAUAGCAAGAUUAACAUACACAAGCUGCAGAUUCUGUAUAACCACAUCAAUGAGCUUGUCCAGCUUCAGAACACUGUACCGCCUCUGGAAGCAAACAAGGACCUUGUUCAUUUGCUCACACUCUCACUAGACCUCUACUACUCAGAAGAUGAAAUUUAUGAGCUUUCAUAUGCACGCGAGCCACGAAACAAUAAAGUCCCACCUACAACUCCUUGCAAGCCACCUGUUGUAGCAGACUGGGCCCCUGGAAUAUCCCCAAAGCCUGAUCCGAAGACCGUCAGCAAACAUGUUCAGCGGAUGGUUGACUCAGUCUUUAAAAAUUAUGAUCACGAUCAGGAUGGCUAUAUCUCACAGGAGGAAUUUGAAAAGAUUGCUGCCAGUUUUCCUUUUUCCUUUUGCGUUAUGGAUAGAGAUUGUGAAGGACUAAUAAGCAGAGAGGAAAUUACAGCCUAUUUCUUGAGGUCCAGUUCCAUCUUCUCAAAGUCAGUCCAGGGCUUUCUCCAUAAUUUCCAAGAGACAACAUAUCUGAAGCCUACCUUCUGUGACAAUUGUGCUGGAUUUAUCUGGGGUGUCAUUAAACAAGGGUACAGAUGCAGAGACUGUGGCAUGAACUGUCACAAACAGUGUCGAGACUUGGUGGUCCUGGAAUGCAAAAACAGACCCAAGGCCAUAGACUCCAGUCCAACAUCAAGCUCCACUCCCACUGCACUCUGUCCUGCUGGUACUAAAGGCUACAACAAUGGAAAUGAGGACGGACCAUUUUCGUACUUUAACGAAGAAGCUCAGAACCAUUCUGAACGGAAGGACCGAACUAUCGUACUAAUGGGCAGCUCAGCACAGAAAGUUUCAGUAAGACUGAAGCCUAUUGUAAUGCACAAGUCUUCGCAAACAGACAUUUCUAUCUCAGACACAGACACCACUGGAAAUCAAGCUGCUUCUCUGGGAAAAAUUAAGACAGACACCUCACUGCUAUCUCCAAAUAUACUUCCACUAUGCCCAAGCCCUAUUCCGGCUCGCAGAAGACCUUGUGUUAAAUGGGAAAACAUGGCUUCCUUUCAUAAGCCUAAAGGAGAUGAUUUUACUAAGGACCAUCGAAUAUUUCAACUAGAAAAGGAAAGAACCCAGCUUCGAGAAGAGAAGGAAAAGCUGCACAUUGAAAACACAAAUCUGCAGACAAAGUUAUUAGAGGCAGAGCAAGAAAUUAAAGCUCUUGCAGAACAACUUGAUUCAUUCCGUAAACAUAUGAUCAUAGAUCCAAGCAGCUCUUCAUAAGCAUAAUUUAAUAUCAUUUUAGUACUCAUACCAACUAGAGUGAAUUUAGAACGUUAAGGAAUUGAGGAUUUUUUUUGGUAAAAAUAACUGGAUAUUUUCCCACUAUUUAACUUUGUUUUCCUUGGUAGUCAAAAAUGAUUAGUUUUUAGAUUGCAAACUUGAGCAUUAAUACAAACACUAAUUACAAGUUUAUGAAGAAUCAAGUGCAUCUCUAAGCAGGAGGUUGAAUUUGAGUGGAUAUUUGAUGAAAAAUUGUCUUCGGUGGUUUCAGAAACCGAAAUUGACAACUUAGUAGGAUCACACAGAUGUAGUUUUAACUGGUAUUAGCAUAAAAUUAGAAAUAUCACAAAUGUUACAAUCGAUAGAUAAUAGGCAUCUAUCAUUAUCAAACUAUAUCAUCACCAAAAGUAUUUGCCUCCUAUUUUUGUUAGGAGUUAAAUGCCAAAAAUACUUAAUGUGCAUAUGGAUUGUUUAAUUAUGCAGAAUAAAACAUAACCUCAUUUCUUAACAAUGCAAUCUGAAGUUAAAGCAAAAAAAAGAGGUAAAAUUAAAACAGUUUUUAAAAAAUACAUACAGUAAACUCUUAGACUGUUUAGUCAUUCUUGGAGAGAGACAAUUGAGGUAAAACAUUCCUUGAUUAUACAUCAAUCUUUAUUAAUGUCAGUUUUAAAUAAACUGAAACUAGGCAGUUCUAUCAACCACGAUCAAAUAGCCAUGGUGACCCACAUAUUGAUAGGUUACAAGGUUUUUAUACCACUAUUUUUGAAUUACAAUAGUAACUGCAUUUCAAAGUACUUUGCGAUAUCAAGCCUGAAAAGAUACUCUUAGUUUAUUCCUGCUGUUUAAAAAGCUUUGUAAAAAUGAGAAAAAAUAUAUAUGCUGUAUAUGUAUCUUAAACUAUGUUGAGCCACUGAAACAACAAACUAGCAUGAAGCUUUCAUUUAACGUUUAUAUAUGACAAAGCCAAUCAUCAUUCUAAAGCCUUCAAAUUGCAUUUCUCCAAGAUAACCUGUUUAAAAAGUUGAUUAAUCUUACUGAUGUAAUCAGUAUUUAAGUCAUCAGAAAUGACUCAUAGUGACUCAAGUGACCUAGGAUUACUCAGAAGCCCCAUAAGUCUAGAUUUUAAAAAUGUCAUAGAUAUUACAAGGCAUAGUCAGCAUAGGCAAUCACUUUUGCUGCUUCAUUGGCAUUUAUGGCUUCUCAGCUACCACAUAUUAAAUAGCCAUACUCAGAACUGAGCUGAUGACCAAGGUUGAAUGGCUAAAUUCAGCAAUUGCAAAUAUGUUGAUUUUUUUUCAAUAGCAAAAAUGCUUCACAAUUUCAUGUAUGUAUGAACCAGAAUGCACAAAGCAUAUUUGCUAAUAUUUAUGAGUCUAUAACUAAAUGACAUUGCAUUUUUGUACUGUACAUCUCUCGGGAUCAUCCAUAGCUUUUCUCUAGAUUACACGAACUAUGGAAGUUUUUUGAAAUAAGUAUGCUGAUGCUUUAGUGUAAAAUAACUCAAAUAUUUGUAUUGUAAAUAUCAAUAUAAUUCUAAAACGCCUGUGAUCCACUCAAAACCCAGAAUCGGUGUCAAACUUCCUUGCCUUUUUAUGAAACAGUAAAACUGAAGCAAACAUCAAAACGUGGUCCAAAUAGUUGACAUGAAAUAAAUGUAACUAUUUUUAUCUGCCUGCAUCAACUCAGGUAAGAAUACAGGGUAUGACAAAAAAUUUGAAUAUAACUUAGUUAUCACUCAAUUUGAUUAUAAAAUGCACAAGAUGCAAAAAAUGUAUUUCAAUUGGUUUAAUAAACUGCCACUCUUCUAUAUGCAUUGCAAACCCAACCGUGUAUAUUACGCGGGCUGUGUUCUGUACCUGAAAAUUAGAUAAUAAUUCGGUCAACUACAAGGCUGUCAUAUACUCACAGAGUUUGAUUAAGAUUGUCAAGUUAGCAGGCUGUAAUAACAGAGAUGUUAGCUGUAAUUUCACUUAGAUCUUUACAUAUAAGCAAAAUGAGCUUUAAAACUUAGGUAAGUAACUCUUUUUAUAAAGUAAACAACAAAUUGUGCUUUUUAGUGAUUGUAUAUAUGUAUAAUUGUAUGAUAAGUAUGUUUUUGUACACCUGACUUGUUUGUGAUGGGUAAGUGAUCUGUAGCAUGAUGUAAUAAUGAAAAUGAUCUUACUUGUUUAAAGUAUAAAUA